AGACGGUUUGGGGCAAAGAGCCAUGCUUCCGGUCCAGGUUCGCCAGAAGCAGUCCUUCCGCAAGGUAGACACCAGAGAACCGGUGGUCCUCAGCUUAGCCGCCUCCGGGGAUUUGGAGCGCUUGGGCUCCAGCUUUGCGAACCAUCAGCGCUUCCUGGGCCCCCGGGGCCCAGAGGAGCCGUUGGUGCCCUACUCUGAGAGAAGUGUCGAAGAGCGGGAGGCACUGCGCAGCCCAUCUGCACCCUCUCUGGCAUUGGCGAAGCCCUUCGCCUACUCGCGGUCCUGCCCGCCCAGCCGGGAGCAACGAAAGGCGCGCAUGGUGAUGAGCUUUUCCUCGCCGCUGCAUGGGGUAGAGUCCCAAAGGACGUCGCAGUUCGCAGAUUUCCUGCGCAGCAAGGGCACUCUGCCGAGUGAGUCCCGGCGGGAGUUGCAGGGCACCAAAAGCGCGGCGGAGCUUUUCGCGGAGCCCAAGAUGUCUUUGCUGAGAACAGCGCCGGACAGAGCGUCAUCCAUGCUGCCGUCGUGGAGCGAUCGAAAAACACAGACGCAGAUGGUCUGGGUUGGCAUGGAGCGUGAGCGGUGGGACCAGCGCCGCUGAGGGUGCCGAGGUAAAGCCAGAGAUCGCGAGUAUUCAGAGAGAUUGGUUUCGGAGA